AGUGAGAGUAUUCUUUUCUUCUUUCUUCUUCGACUAGCAUAUAUAUAUAUAUAUACUCUACCCAACUCUACUAUGUUGUGCUAUGCUAUCAACGAGUGAUGUGAUUCAGACUAGUGUAGCGGAGAGCAGCGAAACCCACCCAACCCCACCUACAUACGUAUAUAUACAUAAUAUAUUCUUAGAAGGCUUCUUCUGCUGCUGAGGGAGAAGGACUGAAAGAUGCCAAGGCCCGGCCCCAGACCUUACGAGUGCGUCCGCCGAGCUUGGCACAGCGACAGACACCAACCCAUCCGAGGUUCCAUCAUUCAGCAGAUUUUCAGGGUGGCUCAUCAAACUCACACCUCAUCCACCAUGAAGAACCGGGAAUGGCAGAGCAAGCUCCCCGCCGUCGUCCUCAGAGCUGAGGAAAUCAUGUACUCCAAAGCUAAUUCCGAGGCCGAGUACUCCAAUCCUGACACUCUCUGGGACCGACUCAAUGAUGCCAUCAACACCAUCAUCAGGAGAGAUGAAACCACUGAAACUGGUGAACUUUUGCCCCCUUGUGUUGAAGCUGCUCUGAAUUUGGGGUGUGUUCCCCAGAGAGCUUCGAGAAGCCAACGCCAUAAUAACCCAAGAAUUUACCUUACGCCAAGACCACAAGGGCCUCCUCCUCCUCCUCCUGACCCUUGUAGGAGUUCAGAUAAUCAUUAUCAUAAUCAUAAUCACAAUAAUAAGUCUGCUAAUGACAGGUCCCCUCAGUUCCCCCCUGUUGUUCCCCCUGACAACCGUUCAAGAUUCAUGAGAUCUGAAGCUGUGAACUCAGGCCUUCUUGUGUCAGAUUCCAACAGUGAUAGUCUAGCUUCGCCUUGCCACUUCCAGUUCCAGCAGCCUUUGUCUGAGAGUUGUCCUCAUGGUUGUAACCAUAACCAGUUGAUGAACCUGGGUUCAGUUUACCCAUUGUACUAUGGAACUAACUUUAAAGUUCAGCAGGAGUCUCUGUCGAGCUUCCAGAUCCUGGACCGACCACAUUCUGAUUCCGUCAUUGCUGGCACACCAGUCAGAACCUUUACGAUGGAGCCUGCUGAUAUUCGUAUCUUGCACAACCAUUUUGCCUCUCAGACGAAUGCUGAAAACAUUUCAACCGCUAUUGCUGUUGCUGGAUCAGAUUUCAGGAGAACUGAACCCAAGUCUAUUGGGAAGGAGUGUGAUUUGUCUUUACGAUUGGGCAUACCAUCAGCAUCAAGUACAAUCAUGGAAAGCAAUUCAGCUCAGGAAAGAAGAGACCCCAGGUUAGAUGGUUCCCAAGAGGGACCGCGAAUGAACAGAGAGUACACUUUCUUGCCUCUGGAAAGUUCUGUCUAUUCCUCCAAUUGUUGUUCAAGUAAGCGGUCUUCUGAAGAUGGAGAUAGGCAUCUUUUGGCAACCGUUAGAAAGCGCAGGGCAAUAUUUGACGACUCUCAAGAGAAUGUGCCAUAUGUUAGUCAACCUGAGCUUCCAUCAAAUUGGUAUAACGACGGUCGAGCUGAAGGACCAGGGACCUAGACAUAUUCCACGUUGGUACGAAUGCGUUGAAUGUAUUGGAAAACUCCUGCCAUUUACCUGUUCUUGGCUGCAAGUUCAGUUCGUAAGAGACAGUAAAUAAUCGAACUGAAGGGCCAGGGACCAAGACAACUCGUGCUAUUUACCUGUUCUUAGCUGCAAGUUAAAUUCAUAGGAGGCAGUAAACGCGAAUAAUUUUGAGCUCACAACUUCUGAUUGGUUGCUAAGGUCGAUGGUGUUGGGCCUCCUUCACCAUUUCCAAUAUAUCUUGAGGGUGGAACUCCUCAGGCUUCAUAUUAGAUGCAGCUUAUCCACGUAUGUUAUUAAAAUAUGCAUUGGCAAUGAAGUUUGUCUCUUGUGGAUAGCCUGAGAUGUCAUUCUUGAGCAUCUCUACAGCGUGCAAUUGGCUUGUUGUUGGACUGAUGUAAGGUGGUCUCUGAUACUUGUGACUGCCAGUUCGUAUUUAUCUGAAGAGUUCAUGAGCUUAUUGUUCUCAUAAGAAGGGAAGGAUCAAGAGAGGGGAUCUUCCGGAACAUCCAGAGUUACAGCAUCAAAAAAUGCACGGGCUGUCGGGAUUGACAGAAGUUCCGAGGGCGUGCACUCUGAGGUCUGAAAUUCCUGGCUUUCAAAGUUGGUAGGUCAUCAAGAUCCCAGAGAUAAACUGAAUGGACAAAACGGGGCGGCGAAAACAAUCCUAGUUUAUCCAGGACAGCUGCUGCGACUGCUGAAGAAUUCUCCGAUUUAAUUUUCCUCCCUCAUUUGUAUGCGUUAGGGGAGGUCCUUUUUUUUCCCUAUUUUUUCGUCUAGAGCUUCUUAUGCUUAUUGGACUUAGUGACUAAGAUUUAUGCCUGAUCAAAUGGAAAUUUUUCAACAGGUAGAUACAGGACAUAUUGUCGGUGACGUUCUUGAGUGAAAUGUUAACAAAGUGGUCGUAUCACAUGUUUUGCCCACUUUAUGGGUUGUGUUUCUCUCGGAUCAA